AUGAGCGAAGACGAGAGGAGCGCCGAUGAAGAGGUUUCGUCCAGGAAAAACACAAAAGAAACUGAAGGCAACUUUCUGAUCUCCAGCUGCAUAGUGAUCACAUGUCUUACGGGAAUUGUCUCCUUGGUGUAUCUCCUCUACUACCUGGAAGACAGCGCCGGCAAGAUGAGGAAGCAUGCCACCGUGAGAACUUGCCGUACCUUAUAUUGUGACCUGAUGUCACAGCAACUGAGCUUCUCAAUGGAUGGGCGUAUCCCACCUUGCACGGACUUCGUGAGCCACGUCUGCAGCGGUUGGGUCAACUCCGCUGCCGAGGCCAACACUGUCUCGACGGCUAUCGAGGUUGGGUUCUUCCUAAUAUUGGAACUCAAAUUGAAGAUGUACAGAGCAAACAGGAACAAACAAGACAUCGUAGACAUGACAGCUAUCUUGUUCCAGUCCUGCACGGCCAUGAAUGGAUCGCACACGAUAGAUAAGCUCAAGAAAGUUCUUGGAAUUUUUCAUUUGAAAAACUGGCCUAAUUUUGAUUACACGGACUCCGGUCACUUCGACGUCUUUGCAGAGAUACUGAAGGCGGACUUGAAGUGGAAUAUGAACCUCGUCUUUAAAGCAGAACGAGUCUAUCGAUUUGACAUCGGCAAGCCCAGAGUCUCUUUCCUUCCUACCAAGCAGGCAUGUCCUUACCGGAGCGACAAUGCGUCCUUAGAGCAAGAGUAUACAGACUACGUAAAAGAGAUUUUUCGGAUCUUUGGAUAUCAGAGCGCAGUAGGGACGGGUGAAGUAGCAUCCUUGCACAUGUCGCUCUGCAACUUCACCAGAGCCCCUUUUGACAAUGACUAUCAGUACUUGGAAAGUGUACUGAACCUAACUGCAGACCUCGGCCUCACAACGGACAAAUGGAUCCAGCAUCUUAAGCCGCUGGGUAACCUUACUGAAAAAUCAAUUGUGUACACUAACCUGCAUUUCGUGUCGUCUGCAUUGCAGCUGCUUACUCAGAAUAUUACCACCGUGCAAGUUAUGCGCUACAUGGGUUACAUGAUCGCCAACCAAUUUGCAGCCACUGACAGCAGAGUACAAGAGGCGAGGGAUAGCCGUCCGUUCCUCACGUUAUGGUUUCCUCGUCUCAAGAACACUAUGGUGACACCGUGCCUGCACGAAGUGAUGUACCACUUCCUACAUGGCUGGAACGUGUUCACCCUGCUCGCUAGCAAUCCGAAUCACACGAUGAGCCUAGACGUUGUCCAUCUCAUUCACACAAUCCUGGCUGCAACGCAGCGGAGGGUUCGGACCAGCACGUGGGUGGACGAAGAAUCAAAGGCGAUAACGUUGAACAAGCUGAAGAAGGCAUCUGUGGUUGGUCCCGUCGCGGCCAUUUACAUGGCAGUCUUCGAGGUGCACGAGAGGUAUGCUAAGCUGAAGGCCUUCACUGAUGAUUACUACGACAACCUUCUGAAAAUCAAGCAAAACGAUGCUGCUUUCCGGCUGAGCGGUAAGAAAAGGUACGCUCGAGAAGGAAACUUCGCAUCUGUUGGCAUAGAUGCCGACCACGCAACAAACACAUUUUACAUCUUCGCGGGUCUUUUGAACGUACCGUACUACUCGGAAAGUCUCCCGUUGCCAGUUAAGUACGGUGGCAUCGGGACGUGGAUAGCAAAGGCUCUUGCACAGGCCUUGACAAGGAAAGGAGCGAAGACAGGUGCCCUCGGAACCUCACAGCAUUGGUGGCUGGGGAACACCUACCGCGAAUACCUACGGAGGAAGCAAUGCUUUGCAAAGAAGACGAAUUCAUCGUCGGCUUCAGUUCGUUCCGACUACACAGACUCCUACUUGGCAGUGAGAAUUGCGUACGAUGCUAUGAUGACGGCUGUGGCACAGAGAAAAGUGAAGUGGGAGCUCCCCAAUAUGCACCUUUCUGACGCCAAUAUGUUCUUUCUGACUUACUGUUUGGGAAUUUGUAGUACAACAGAGCGUGAUGGCAAAGUUGUCCUUACCGAUUUGGCCACUAAUAUGUGCAAUGGUGCGGUCAAUAAUAUGCCAGAGUUCAGAGAGGCUUGGCAGUGCGACGAGAUGCAGCAAGAGACUCCCGGCCCCAUGUGCGAGCUCUACUGA